GUUUAGAAUUUUUUUCUUAACGAGACACAAAAAUUUUGGCUGGUUCAAAUUUAUCUCAUCUCCUUUUUAAUUACUUUUUUUUUAUCACUUGAUUUUUUCUUCUUAUACUUCCACAGCUUACAAUGGGUACUCAAAAGAAGGAAAAGGUCAGAAGAACCAGACAGAACGAUACCAGAGAUGGGAACCUUCGUGUCAAGGGUGAAAAUUUUUACAGAGAUGCUAAAAAGGUGAAGCAUUUACAAAUGUACAAGAGUGGUAGAGCUGUUCGUAACGCUCGUGGUGAUAUUGUCAAGGCUGCCGACUUGCAAAGCACAGACACCCCUACUGCCCGUGUUGACCCUAACCGUAAGUGGUUUGGUAACACCCGUGUCAUUGCUCAAGAUGCCUUGACCCAUUUCCGUGCUGCCAUGGGUGAAAAGAAACAUGAUUCCUAUCAAGUUUUAUUAAGACGUAACAAGUUGCCAAUGUCUCUCUUGGAUGAAAAGGAUAACACCGACUCUCCACAACUGAAGAUCUUGGAAACUGAAUCUUAUUCAGAUGCCUUUGGUCCUAAGCAACAGAGAAAGAAGCCAAGAGUCUCUGCUUCCAAUUUGGAAGAAUUAGCUCAAGCCACGGAACAAGAUGGUACUAAGUAUCAAGAAAAGCAGGAAUUGGAUUCCACUUUGGGUUUGAUGGGAGGUUCCUUCUUGGACAAGGAUGACUACACACAGGAAGCCAAGGAGGCUAUUUUCCACAAGGGUCAAUCCAAGAGAAUAUGGAACGAAUUAUAUAAGGUCAUUGAUUCCAGUGACGUUGUGAUCCAUGUUUUGGAUGCUAGAGAUCCUUUGGGAACUAGAUGUGCUUCUGUGGAAAAGUAUAUGAAGGACGAAUGUCCACAUAAACAUUUGGUUUAUGUUUUGAACAAGUGUGACUUGGUACCUACAUGGGUGGCGGCAGCAUGGGUUAAACACUUGUCCAAGGACUACCCAACAUUGGCAUUCCAUGCCUCCAUCACCAACUCGUUUGGUAAGGGGUCUUUGAUUCAAUUGCUCCGUCAGUUUUCUGCAUUACACUCUGACCGUAAACAAGUUUCGGUUGGUUUUAUUGGAUACCCAAACACCGGUAAGUCUUCCAUUAUCAACACCUUGCGUCGUAAGAAGGUUUGUACCGUUGCACCAAUUCCUGGUGAGACCAAGGUGUGGCAAUAUAUCACUUUGAUGAAGAAGAUCUUUUUGAUUGAUUGUCCCGGUAUUGUUCCUCCAUCCUCCAAGGACACCGAGUCUGACAUUUUGUUCAGAGGUGUUGUUAGAGUGGAACACGUUUCUAACCCUGAACAGUACAUUCCAGAUAUGUUGCAAAAAUGUGAACGUAAGCAUUUGGAAAGAACUUAUGAGGUCAGUGGAUGGGCUCGUUGGGAAGAUGACAUCAGCUUGUUGGAAAAGGCCAGUAAUGAAUUCAUUGAAAUCAUUGCCCGUAAAGGUGGUCGUCUUUUGAAGGGAGGUGAACCAGAUGAAAGUGGUGUUUCAAAGCAAAUUUUGAACGAUUUCAACAGAGGGAAAAUCCCAUGGUUUGUUUCUCCACCAAAGGAUGACACCGUACGGACUGGUGAAGACAAGAGAGCCGGUGUUAAGAGAAAGAGAGCUGAACGUGAAGCCAAGAAGGCUGGUGAGGCUGUUGAUGAAGAAGAAGAAGAAUACAAGAAGGCCAAGACUGGCGAAGAAGAAGAAUGGGCAGGCAUCAAAGACGAAUAA